AGCUCUUGCCUGGCCCACGUUGUCAUAGAGUGAGUUACUGUGUAGGAAGAAAUCGCCGCGUCUCCACUCUCCUGUCUCCUCCGGGUCCUUCGUCCUCCUCCCCUGGCCCGCUCGUGUCAUCCUCCGAUUUUCUCCCCAAAUUCUUCCCGUGCACGUCUCCGGUCCCCGGAUUCGCUCUUCCAUCCCCCAGAAACCUGCCGUGCCUAGCCGUCGGCGACCUCACCGCCGGCGAAGGGAUACGGCACCAGACACGGCCGCACCAACCCGAAGUCUUCUCUCGUCGAGAGGCGCGGUCACCUCCUAGUCCGUCUCCGCCUCCUACUGGUGCUGCACUGGCGUGGACCGGGGACUGGAGAUCCAUCCGGGCUCGGAUUACCUCUCUCGCUGGUACAUUUGGGAGAAUGGGGGUUUACCUUAGCACUCCAAAAACUGAGAAGCUAUCUGAAGAUGGUGAAAAUGAUAAGCUUAAAUUCGGCCUUUCAUCUAUGCAAGGAUGGCGUGCAACUAUGGAAGAUUCUCACUCGGCUUUGCUAGAUCUUGAUAACGACACUGCCUUCUUUGGCGUUUUUGAUGGACAUGGAGGAAAAGUAGUUGCCAAGUUCUGUGCAAAAUAUCUACACAGAGAAGUUCUAAACAGUGAAGCCUAUGCAGCUGGCGACCUGGGUGCUGCUGUCCACAGAGCUUUCUUCAGAAUGGAUGAGAUGAUGCAAGGUCAAAGAGGAUGGCGGGAACUUCAAGCACUUGGAGAUAAAAUAAAUCAGUUUACUGGCAUAAUAGAAGGCCUGAUUUGGUCCCCUAAAGGAAGUGAUUCAAACGAUAGACAUAAUGAUUGGGCUUUUGAGGAGGGACCACAUUCUGAUUUUACUGGGCCAAAUUGUGGGAGUACAGCCUGUGUAGCAUUAGUCAGGAAUAGGCAACUCAUUGUGGCAAAUGCUGGUGAUUCGCGCUGUGUCAUCUCAAGGAAUGGCCAGGCAUACAAUUUGUCCAGAGACCAUAAACCAGAGCUUGAGGCAGAGAGAGAAAGGAUACAAAAUGCAGGGGGUUACAUCCAAAUGGGGCGUGUAAAUGGAACUUUAAACUUGUCAAGGGCUAUUGGAGACAUGGAAUUUAAACAAAACAAGUUCUUGACCCCUGAUAAGCAAAUUUUGACCGCAAAUCCUGACAUAAACAUCGUGGAGCUUUGUGAUGAUGAUGACUUCCUUGUUUUGGCUUGUGAUGGCAUUUGGGACUGCAUGUCAAACCAACAGUUGGUUGAUUUCAUCCGUGAGCAUAUAAACACAGAGGAAAGCCUUUCUGCAGUAUGUGAAAGAGUGCUUGAUAGAUGCCUGGCUCCAUCGACCAUGGGGGGCGAGGGAUGCGAUAACAUGACAAUGAUCCUGGUGCAGUUCAAGAAGCCGAUUACUCAGAACAAGGACGACAGUGGUGCAGAACAGUCAGCUGGAGACACAGAACCCUCCGAGGCGCACGUGGCCGAGGAGAAUGGCUCAUGAUGAACAGGUACGGCGAGGAAAUGGCUCUUGAAGCAUGGCCCCUGAUGCCUGGACCUGGCUAAAACAGGUGUACAAUGUUGCAAUGUACAUACAUACCAACCAUGUGUCGAAUUGGCGUGAACGCUAUUCUUUGCCCCAUUGUUGUCUCUUGUCUGUAACCCUACCUGCUGUUGUCUUCCGGUUGUAAUUUUGGCCAUCUAACAUCACCUAACUGUAUAUUUGUGGGUGGAAAUGGUGUUGCAAUAGCUCAUUUUGUUCAAGUCAA